AUGCUGCCAGAGAAAGUAAACCAAGCAUCCAUGGUUGUAGGAAGACCCACUCAGAAGGCACCCUCUAUCAGAAAGCCGUCUAACAGUGCCAAAUCGAGUUUCAGGGGCUUUGUACACCACUCCGAGGCGAAUGCAAGCAGCCACAAGGCCCCUAAAGCCUCUCGAAGCCUUACUGACAUCUACCUCGAUUACCUUGAGCUCACUGCCAAGCAAGAGACAGCAGUAUACAACCUGUACGCCCAGGAGAAGACAUUUUCUCAGGAAUUUUCAACAGAAAAUGUGGAAGAUCAACUCACUGCAUCCUCUAUCCUGGCGUCGCACCAGCUUGACUUCACAACACGGGAGUGCCCAGGGAAUAAGUGGAAGAUUCGGUGGUCGAUUAUUUCAGGGAAGGGAAAGGAAGAGGUCUGUAGGGCCCUUUACCAGUGCUCUUGCGGUUAUGAUCACACUGUAUCUGGAAGCAAAAAGCGUUACAAUCCGAUUCCAUUUACGGGCUGCUUAGCCCAUGCUGAGGUCAUAUACGAGGUGCAAACUCACCGGGUGCUCCUUAUCCGCGGGUUUUUUGACCAUAAUGAAGCCUGUCAAGCAGCGGAGCUAUUUCGAGCUCCAAGCUGGCCUGUCCACCCGUCCAUAUCUCGCACAGCUCUCUGUCAACUACAAGCAGGCUUGUCAAUGAAUGCCAUCAUGGAAGCAAACAGAGUGGCGGUCGAUACUCACGAUACUCGUACCUACCCCGAGAUGCCAGAUGACAUCUUGCACUCUCGUUGGCGGUGGAUCUUAAACAAGACAGACUCUCGGUCGCUUUACCGGCAAUUCCAUCGCAUGCAGGAUGUGAAAGUAAUGUCAAAAGCAUACAUUAAUCUCGACGAAUGGCUUGACUUGGACUCACCGCAUUUCAACAAGACCCUCCAUAAUGCUAUCUUCCACUACGCACCUCAAACAACCCGUGAAGAGCGCCUCGAAGCCUGCAUCAUGACACCUGAGAUGCGAGAGGCUGCAUGGAAGUACAGCCACCAAUCUCAGGUGCUUCUUGAUGGGACGUUCGGGGUCUGCAACUCAAAGAUCCUCCUAUUCAUUGUCAUGGAUAUCGACGAGAACAAGAAGGGCGUACCCCUUGCAUUCCUCCUCUUCUCUGCCCCCUCAGGGAACAAGCAUACAGCUGCGGGGUACAAUAUCGAGUCGAUGGGAUCUCGUAAUGGCGAAGAGUUCACCGUCUCUGUGGCAAUUACGGACAUGGAUCUUAUGGAGCGAGGGGCCCUUGUUCGCGUCUUUCCAAACAUACACCUGCUGAUAUGCCGUGUCUAUCUACGCCAUUCCUGGAGGAAUCACCGCGCUAAGUCCGUAAAGGGAGACACAACUGACCACUCUAUCAUCCGUGCACGGCUAAAACGCCUUGAGGACUCGCUCUUGGAAACAGAGACGCAUGGAGCGGCGCUGCAACUUGUGGCAGAAGAACGCCAAUGGCUGGAGAACUCGCGGGAUGCCAAAGCUGGAACCAACUCACCUACCUAUCAAGCUGCUCAGGGUGGCCUCGCCCAUCUCGAGUAUCUGGAGACCUACUGGCUCAGAGCGGCACUGUGGGAGAGCUGGUCCAAACAUGGGCUACACACCGCAGCGGCCAUUUUGAAGCAUCCAGUGGACGGCGUCAUCCCAACAACUAAUCACCUUGAAUCGUUCAACAAUGUUCUGAAGAAUCGCUUCCUCCACCGCCAUCAGAAGGGUGGCCGCCGCCUGCGUAUAGAUGUUCUCGUCAAUAUCCUUGUUUUCCACGUAUUACCCUCUGUCUUCCGGCAAAGGCGGCUUGAUGCACAAGAGGCUGCCCGGCGCGAGGCAAUUAUGAGAACGUUGCCAGGUGGACAGGCUCUCAUUCAGGCACGCCAGUUUGCGUCUUCGGCUGCACCCCUCGAGCCGCUCGCAUACUAUGUCCCAGAUGAAGCUCGGGAGCAUGCCGCCGGACAGCUUGUGAUUGGCCAGCAGAUUAGCGUGCCUUCACUCGAUGAAACCAGCAAGGCACUCACCUUCCAAUGCUACUCCGCACUCGCCACACAAGGCGAGAUAAAUCCUGUUGAGUAUACUGUCAGUCUCGGCCUCGACGGGUACUCUUCUUGCACCUGUCCAGACUUCAGCAAACGCGGAGGCUUCUGCAAGCACAUGCGCGCUGCUAUCUUGCGCGGAAUCCUUCUAAACAAGUCAGGGGUGCGGCUACCAUUCGUCCAUAUUCCCAAGACAGUCGAAGAAGCCCUGGAAAUCCGUGCAAAGAGGCGCAUCCUCUCCAUUCCUAUCACCGCACCCGCUCCCACGCUGCCACCUGCACUGCCCGCUGCCCCGCUCAAUGAUGCUGUGUGCACUAUCAAUGAGCUUCUCCAUGAUGCAGAAGAUGUUAUCAAGGAGUCGAGACUCACAGGUUCUAGGACCGCAGAUAUAGAGGAAGCAAAUAGCAGUACAUCAGACGACAGCGAUCAGGACGGCGUAUCCAUUCCCCAAGAUGAUAUCAACGCAACAUCCUCUGAGUUUGACGCCUCCGAGACUGGGUUCAGCAGGGAACCGAGUAUUGCCACGACUGCUGAGCUUGAUGACAAGUUUGAUAUUGCGGCAGUACGAUCCGCGCGUGCAAAUACGAAGGGUAUUGAUGAACAAACUAUAGGACGAACUCUCAUGGAUCUCGAGCGCGUUGCCCCCAAGCUCAGCAGACUCGCACCUCUGCUUCAUCCAUUGCACCUCGAUAGGGCAAACCACGACGAUAUCAACCGCUUCGUUGACGUUUGGACAUCAAUGGAACCAAUGCUCGUGGAAAUAUCCCGGCUUCUCACGGAAGUUGGCGCCCUGCCGAAUGGCACAGGGCCAGCAGCGCACUCACUCUCGUUGCUCAAGAAGUGUCCAGGUACACCGCCGCCAUCAAAAUCUGGAUUUUCCAAGUGUCCUAAGAAGGUGCCGGCUCUGGGUCCAUCUCCCGAGAAGGCUCAGAAGCGAAAAGAAUCAUACAGCCACCAUUAG